CUGGGCUGGAGGCAAGCGGCUCUUCCGGCUCCGGCUAACCCGUGCUCGAGGGGCAAUUGUUCCACACUCAUCAGACAGAAAAGAUGAUGAUCAUGGUGUAAGGAAGAGAUUUACUCAUUCUGCCCAGAGGCUGAGCCAGCAGAGACAGCAGAGCUAAUGUGAUUCAUUGAAGGAAGAGUGGGGACAAUUAACAGCAACUUGUUCACCUUUUGCCUUGGAUAGCCUAAGCUGAAAACCCUGGCUGAGAAUGACCCAGCAAAUGCACAACUUGAGCCUGCUGCAGAGCAAAAAGCACAGCAUGCCCUCGUCGCCCAGCGCGGCCAAGCGGCUCUACCGGAACCUGUCGGAGAAGCUGAAGGGCAGCCACACGUCCUUCGACGAGGCCUACUUCCGAUCCCGCUGCGACCGCCUCAGCCUCCGCAAGGCCUCCAUGAACUUCCAGUGCAAUGAAGCUAUGUUUGAGGCCGUAGAGCAGCAGGACCUGGAUGCUGUUCAGAUCCUUCUUUAUCAAUACACCCUGGAGGAACUGGACCUGAACACACCGAACAGCGAGGGACUCACUCCUUUGGAUAUUGCCAUCCUGACCAACAACGUGCCCAUUGCCAGGACCCUUCUGCACGUUGGGGCAAAGGAAAGCCCACACUUUGUGACCGUGGAGAGCAGGUCUGUGCACCUGAGCACGCUGGUGCAGGAGGCCCAGCAGAGAGUGAUGGAGCUAUCGGCACAGGCAGCGAGCGAAGGGCUGGGCACGGACAGCGCCGAGCAGGAGAAGCAGCUCAAGGGCUGGGAGUGGAGGGCCAGGCUCUACCAGCGCAUGAAGGCCGGCUACGAGCAUGCCCGAGCCCCGGAGGCGCCAAGCAAUGUCUGUCUCAUGGUAACGAGCAGCACAUCACUCACUGUCACCUUCCAAGAACCCCUCAGUGUCAACUCAGCUGUGGUGACCAAGUAUAAAGUGGAAUGGAGCUCUUCAGAAGACUUUUCUCCUUUGGCUGGUGAAAUAAUUAUGGAUAAUCUUCACUCUUUGAGGUGCUUCAUCACAGGUCUCAGGACGGGCCAGAGAUAUUAUGUCCGUGUCUCAGCGUACAACAUGAGAGGAUGGGGACCUCCAUGCAAAUCUACUCCUGAAUAUGCUUCUCCUUCAAACUGGAAAGACUGCAGUGGAAGAGAGCCUCAGCACAGGAGACACACGGAGGCCCUGGAAGGGCUCCUGCAGCAGGUCCGCGCCGCGCACCAGCACCACAGCUGCCGAGAAAGUUCUAAAUUACAAAAUGCUGGUCGCAAGCAAUCGGUUUCCAGAAGCCUGAAGCACCUUUUCCAUUCAUCAAACAAGUUUGUGAAGACUCUGAAACGGGGACUCUACUUAUCUGUUAUACUUUUUUACAAAGACAAUUUGUUAGUAACCAAUGAAGAUCAAAUCCCAAUUGUGGAAAUCGAUGACUCUCACAGUAGUUCAGUUAUGCAGGAUUUCCUGUGGUUCACAAAGCUGUCGUGCAUGUGGGAUGACAUCAGGUGGCUGAGGCAGAACAUGGCAGUGUCUGUGUCCUCCUCCACUGCUCUCCAGGCCAGGCAGAAGAUGCUUUCAGCAGCAGCACAGCUACAGAAUUUGCUGGGAACUCACAAUUUAGGCAGAGUUUUUUACGAGCCCAUCAAGGAUCGCCAUGGCAAUAUGCUGAUAGUUACUGUCAGAGAAGUGGAGAGCCUGUACUCAUUUUUUAACGGCAAAUGGAUGCAGGUAUCCAAACUACAAAGCCAGAGGAAAUCCCUCUCAACUCCAGAGGAGCCAACAGCAUUAGACAUCUUGCUCAUAACAAUCCAGGACAUACUUUCCUAUCACAAACGAAGUCAGCAGCGCCUCCCUCCCGGCCUGUACCUGGGCUACCUGAAGCUCUGCAGCUCCGUGGACCAGAUCAAAGUGCUCGUGCUGCAGAAGCUGCCCAAUGUCCUGUGCCAUGUCAAAAUCCGAGACAACAGCAACGUCUCCAAAGAUGAGUGGGAAUGGAUCCAAACACUUUCUGGCUCAGAAUCUGUGGAAAGUAUGGAUCAUACUUCAGACUGCCCUACUCAAUUGUUCUUGUAUGAGCUCCAGACAGCAGUGAAAGCUCUCCUCAAACAGAUCAAUCUACCUCUGCAUCAGGCUAAGCACUUCCGUCUGUACACACAGGAGGUGUUGGAACUGGGUCACAAUGUCUCCUUUCUUCUCCUGCUCCCCGCCUCAGACGACGUCUGCACUGCCCCAGGACAGAAUAAUCCUUACACCCCACACUCAGGAUUUCUUAACCUCCCUCUUCAGAUGUUUGAACUUGCUCAUUUUUGCUGUUACAAGGAAAAAUUUAUAAGCCUGUAUUGCCGCCUUUCUGCUGUCAUAGAGCUGGACUCUCUGAAAACCCAGCAGUCCCUGAGGGAAGCAAUUUCAGACAGUGAAGUCGCUGCAGCCAAACAAAGACACCAGCAAGUUAUAGACUACAUACAGCAAAUUGAUGAGAUCUGGAGGGACAUGAGAUGGAUCACAGAGGCACUGCAGUAUGCAAGAUACAAGCAGCCAGCAGCAGGCCUGCCCAUAAAGAAGCUUGUGGAUCUUUCAGAAGAACACUCUCAAAAGAAAAUGAGCUCCACCUCUUCACAUCUAGAUUGUCUUCCUUCACCUCCCCCUUCUCCUGAGCCUAGAAUCCAGAGGAGAAAAGCUGUGAGUGACUCCCAGCCCUGCUCGGAUGAAGAAGGCUGCUCCGAGGUGUUCCUCCCCACCGACAGCGACUACGACUCCAGCGAUGCCUUGAGCCCAAGGGAACUGGACCUGAUUUACUCCUCGUCCCAGGACAUCUCCCAGCAGGCUGGCAGCGGCCUGGGUGGCAGCGCACCCAACGUGCUCCAAGCCCACGACCUGAAGCCCUGCCUGGCGCUGAGGGAAGGCCUGACAGAGUGUGGUGCCCUGGACACCAGUGCUGAAUGCUGCACAGAGCAGAUGAGCAGUCUGAUAAUAUCAGGGCUUACACCGAAAAGCACGGACAAGUCCUCCAGCUCCAAGCAGCCACUGGGCUUUUUAGGGAAAAAAAAGUUGGGGAAACACCAGCAUUACAACUACUUCAGCCGGCAGCACCGCUGGCUGCGCGUGCACAGCGAGACGCAGGCGGGCUCUCUGUCAGAGGGUGUCUACACCCAGCACCUGAUGAGAUCCCCAGACCUGGCUCAAGAACCUACCUCCAGCGAGCAGGUGACCAUUCCCAUCGAUGGGUCUCGGGGCACCUUCGUACCUCAUGCAUCCAGCCUUCCAGAGGAUGGCAAAGGCAGGUAUGAGGAGCCAAGGCAGGAUGUCCAUAGGAUACAUGUGGAGCCUUAUGAAACAUUUCUGGAUGGAGAGGGCAGGUCCUGGGCGAUGAGCACGGAGGCUGUAGAACACACAGAUGUGCACAGUGCUAUGCAACAGAUCACGGGGCCAGAGGAGCAGUCGGGUUCUGCUGUCCCAGAAGUUUUCAGCAGCACCCUUUAACCCCAGAAUCCCACACUGCUUCCCAUCACUCCACAUGAGAUAUGAGCAUUGUGAUCACAAGGGCCAUACUUUCAAAACCACCGGUGAAAAUCCAGCUCCUGAAAUGGCAGCUUGUGCCACUCUAAGGAAUCCUAAUCUUUUGACUUCAUCACCAGAUUUCUGGUCUCACAGAGGUAUCAUCUUUCAUGAAGGGAGCAUUAUUGUCACUGGCAUCUGCAGCUUUGCAGGUAGACUCGUAACAGUCACCACGAAACAAUGUGCAAUUGAGUAUCAGGUUUUGCAGGUCUCUUCAUUUCCAUGUUUCUCUGAGCAUGCAAAAUUUUAAGCAUGAGUGGUUCUGCCUGCAAGUUAUCAGAAGUUGUAACAUCCUUGGUGACCUUAUGUUAGGACUGUGUUCUAAAGGUCUAUUAACUUGUCUCCCACCACCUCCUGCAAUUUUUUUUUACUUUUCAGCUUCUCUUGAAUGAAUUUAGGUUGGAUAUAGCUGAAAUACUAAUGGGCCUAGUAAAACAGAUAACCCAGAGUUUCUAGCCACUUAAAGAAAUGAAAAUUCUUUCAAUGUAUAGAGAAUGUAAUCAACACCAUCUCUGAAUGCUGUCAGAGCCUGACAUAAUUAUCACAAUUGUUUUUUCAGGAGCUUAGAUCUCAAAUUAUUUAAGUAGCAAGUUAUUUUAAAAGCUCAGGAGAUGAACCUUCGAGGUCAAGAGCAAGCAGAAUGAGGCCAGGUUCUAGACAAAUAAUAUGCAGGGUAUAUGUGAGAUUGAAGCAAAGUUUUUCUUUUCCCCACCAAACAAGAGCACAUUUUGUUGUGCUGGCAUCACUGUCACACACCCAUUGGAAAGAAACACCCCUAUUUUUAUUCCUGAAUAUUCACCAUAAACUCAAGGGGUAUUUGAUCACCAUGUCUGAAGCUGGGAUAUUCUGCAAUUCAGAUUAGGAAAGUUUGGGAUGAAGUUUCAGUGUAAAAUUUUUUUUUCUUUGGGCCCUAAAUAAAUACUAAUGUGAUAAGGAGGUUGGGAUCUUACUGUAUUGUGUAAAGGCAAAUUACAGUGAGUGAGGAGUUUGUCCUUUGCAACCACAAUAAGCACUACAGAAGAUGAUCUCAAAAUUGAAAUCUACAUUAAUAAGAACCCUAACACUGAAGUUACUAAGAAAUGAACUAAUGUGUAGAGAAACCCCAGCUGUUGCACAAGCUUUAAUUUUCUUAAACAGUUCUUGAAGUUUAAUUUUAUAGACCACAUUCCUGCUGGUUAAAUUCCCUCACUCCGUGUUUGUGUAGCCUUCUACCUUUCAGUUUUCCAGCCUCCAGGUGGAUACAUUCUAAGGCCCCCAAUAAAGAGAUUUGAGUUAAAUAGUUGAGUUUACAAGUCCUUGAGGUAAAGGUAAGGAUUUGGGCCCAUGAUCUGUGGUCCUUAUUAAAAUAGCACUUCCAUAACCCCAGUGCUAUUAAAAUCCCUGCGAACUCAAUCCAUAAAUUCAAAAAUAAAUGUUAUUCACUAUUUUAUGCUUGGUCAGUAUGUGGAAGCCAAGAAGAGUCUUUGCAGUGAUAGGAAGGGCAAAAUUUUUCUAUAAGGGAUUUACAUUUGUAACUUCUCUUUUUGGGAGCAGGAAGUUAACUUCUUGGACAAAAAAUAUUCAUUCAUUACCUGAUCCACAGUGAUGAUGGAAAGACUUCCAUUCACUCCCACAGGGUUUGGAUGAGACCCACACCAAAAAUUCCUGUGGGUGAGAAGAUGCAGGGGAGGCAGCAGUGGCAGUGCCCAUUUGCAGCUAGAAGGGCACACAUUGUAUGGAACUGGGGAUGGGGAAUGCCUGACUCACCACAGAGCCAAGCAGGACAGCCUGACUGUCAUUGAGGGCUGAUUGCUUCACAUUCUGUUUAUUAGCAGAAGGCUUUUCAACAGGGAGAGACAAACAAUGCAAUGCUCCUGUGCAGAACCAAAAUAAUUGACACCCUUUUCCAGUAUUCAGGACUUUGCCAGGGCUCCCCUAAUCUAUUUUGCCUCUAAAGAAAACUGCCAUAAAACUAUUAAAGAAUAAAAUAAGCAUACACUGAGGCCCUAUGUUUUUGAAGGAAGUGAUAAAACAAGAUGCUCCUAAAUGAAACCCACCUCACUCUUCUUUGGCUCAUCAGGGACAAUGAGGGCAAAAUGUCCAGCAGAGAGGCACACACUGCUGGUGAGAUAAGGAUGUAACAAUCUCUUGACUGCUCCUGCUGCUGGACCUUUCCAGAAGCAGUCAUGUAGUUCAUAAAGGACUGGAUUCUCUACUUGAAGGAAGGCCUUGACUUCAUCAUAAUCUUCUGUGCUGAGAUGAAAUUUGACUCUGGGAGUGCAAAUACCAGCCAAAAUCUAUCCUGUCCUAGUUUUAACCUUGCUGUGGCAGUAGUUUUUCGGUGAUGGCCAAUGGGAUGUGCUUCCUUGAUCUAUUGCCUCCAGACUGAUGUUCUUCCAUAAACUUUAUUAGUCAAAUUACUAACUGAUAGUUCUGGGUUUAAAUACUUCUGGCUAUAAAGCACUGACUUAUAUUCAGGUAAAAAUACAUGUUCUUUGUUCAAAACUGCUAUCCCUACCAAUUUUGGGUGUCCUUGAAAGAACAGUAGUGAACACCCAGAGAUAAAUAAAUAGUAGAAAGCAGUGCCUUUCAAGUACUGCCAUAAUACAAAUCACAAUUCUUCUGCAGUUCUCUUAGGAACAUCACACACACAUUUCACAAGCAACUUCAGCAAUUGAAAAUAAUCCUGGAAAAUGCACAGCACUGUUAGCCCCACUCCACAGAGUGGCUGCACCAGUGACUCUUCUGAGUAGAGCUGAGUAAAGGCUCACAGUCCAGAAUCAAAUUAAAAUUAGGAAUCCAGGCCUUUAAUUACUGGGAGCCCUUUCUCCAGGCUGAGCUCGAGUGCCCCUCCAAGAGCUCUUGCAGAGAGCUGGGCAGUGCCAGGGCUCAGAGCCUGCACCACACCAGCUCCAGUGGCCAGCAGACAUUCAUUCGAAGGUGCCUGUGCUCUCUUUGCAUCACUUGAAGCUCUCCUCUCUAAAGGGUACCUGGGCUUUGCAACUUCUGGGUCUCUCUUACUCAUCCAUCUGGCACCACAACUUUUGUCCUGCAUUUUUCAGGGAUUAUAUUUUCUCCUGGUCUGAACCCAGUCCCUCCUAUUUCUAGCCAUGACUUGGACUGGCUAGAAAAGAAGACAGUGCUUUAAUAUUAAUGACUCCACGGGAAGAAGAAAAUAAUGUAGACUAUAUCUCCCUGUUUAGUGGUCUCAAACUUACCUGUUUCUGCUGGUAGGAAGUGAGAUAGGUAAACUGCAAGGUUUACAUUCAAAAUUUCUUGCAUCCACAGAAAGGCAGUCUGCAAAUGGACAGUUUGUCUAAAGACACUUGUGGCUCAAGCAUUUAUUUCCCAUGGUCGUAUUUUUUACUUUGUUUUAGAGACUAAUUAAAAAUUUGAUCUUUUUUUUUCAUAGUAAGACAAAGAAAUCUUUAAAAUAAUGCUUUUAUAUAUAGACAUUAAAGGGGGAGAGGGGAGAUGGAAUAUUUUAUCCUGAACAUUCAUGUGUUUUGGAAAGAGACAGUGCAUGUUUAAAUUCUCAGUUGUAUAAAGAAAUGCAUUAAGUUGCUGGUCAACUCUUUUAAGGUGUUUAAAUGCAUGGCUCGUGACUGUUAUGUAAAAUUUCAAAAUAGCCUUACAAACAACAAAGGUAUAGUGUAUUUGAAAAUAGGGUACACAGUUUGGGAACUUACUCUGACUUUCUCUAAGGUGUUGAACUUUGCCCUCAGCAAAAACUAUUUUCAGUAAACAAGCUCUGAAUUUUUAGACAAUGGAGAUUUCAUCAGGUUGGGUCUCUGAUUUUUUCCACUACAAAAAACCCAUAAGUAACUAGAAUGCUUUAUUUGUAAGUAUAACUUAUCUUUUGAUCACAUUAAGUGGAAUUCAUAAGGCUGAAUCAUGCCCAGAAGUGAGAAGGGAGCUGUUGGCCCCAUAUGUUCUUUGCAGAAAGGCAGGGCAGCAUUCCCCAAGGUGGACCCUGGCACACUGGAGCUGGCAGCAGGGACUGGCCAGCAGGGCACCCAUCCUAGAGCAGCCCCCAGAGCCCUCCUUUGGCUUAGACAUUUCUGCAGAGCCAGGAGGGGUCACCUUGAUCUGAUCAGGCUCUGGAGCUGCCCAUCCAUCAUUGCUGAUGCUGGAGAGAUCCCACCAGCUCAGAGUCACCUCUCCUCAGUGCUGGUGUCUGUCAGCUCUGACCCAGGAGUGAUCCCACCAGCUCAGAGUCACCUCUCCUCAGUGCUGUGUCUGUGAGCUCUGACCCAGGAGCUGGUUCUCAGCCAGUUCUCAGUUUUGGGGUCAGUAAGAGCCAGACUGCAAUGCCUUCCUCAGUCUUUUCACAGCACAGCAUCCUGGGCAAGAUUCACCCCUUACACCAGUCAGCCCAUAACAGGGGAAGGUGUUACUCAGCUUGGCUGUCACUAGGCUACAGAAAACCACCUAUGUAGCUUUUAAAAAAACUGGGAACAAACUUUUAAUGUUUAUUGUUAUUUUCAUUUUCUUUCCUGGAAAAGCAAUGUGAAACUGAUCUGACAUUGGAGAAGUUGGUGCGGCACUAAUCUACCUUAUUACUGUGAACUGUAGUAAUUAUUGAGCAGAUUUGAAGCUGAAUGCACAGAGUUUUUGUGGUUUACUUUAAGUAAAGGUCCGUUUGGGCACAGUCCUGUUGUCCUUGGGCCUCACUCCAGGUUCUUUUGCAGCAGUGUAAAUCAGUAGUUUCACUGAAGCUGGGUCAGGUACAGACCAUGCACAGACCAGCACACCCUGAGGCACAGUUCCAUGUCACCUGAGACCUGGACCAGUGGAGUCAUCAUGAAAACAACAUUUAUGUUGGUGUGAAAAAUGGUAUGUCCAAGGAAGACAAAAGGCAUUUGAUCCCAGAAUAUUCCCCUGGAGGUGACAGGGAUGGCUGGAGCAGGCUCAGAGAGUGAGCCCAGCACACUGUGUGACACCAGCUGUGCUGGGGAAGCCCUCACUGCAGAAUUCACUAUUGCUCCUUCUAACAGGGACCACAUUUCUCCCCCAUGUUAUGCAAAUGAAUCCCCUUCUGAAUGCAAUGGGAGUUCCAGUCAUUUUGCUGAUAAAAACAAAGACUUAAUAGGGUUAUUGGGGACCUGGGGGAGGGGAAGAGGGGUUGUUUGUUUUUUCCCCUCCGAGAAAAAGUAAUUUAAGUGAAAUGUGCGAGGCAGUGUUUAAUUGCUUCCUGCCUUGUUUGUACAUAGCAAUUUGGCUGUUUAUUGGUUGUCUUUGCUGAGAUUUUUAUUGUAACUUGUUUCUAUAUAUGCAACCAAGCGUAUGUUAACGUUUAAAUUUUGGUACAAAAUAAUGCACAAUUUUAUGUGCUCUAAAACUUUGUAAAUAUCUCGAUGAACAAUGUAUGCUGUGCUAACUGUGAGCUUGGGACUUGACACAAUAUUUUCACGUGUAUGUACCUGUGAAUGGCUUGAAAAAAAUCAAAAUAUAUAUUGAGGAUGGCCACAAGCCAAGAGUAAAUGAGUGCCGUAUGACUCAUGCUUCUUUAAUAAUUCCUGAAAGAGGCAUGAAUAGUACAUAAAAUAGACAAUAAAAAUAAUUUUCAGGACUACAAAUAUUUUUUAUAACUUCAGAUAUUAAAUACUAUUUUAGAAAAAAAAAAGAUCAGUUGGUAAAAGAAAUCUUAAGUUUAUUUGAGUGAAUCAUUGUCAUAAAAAUGUUCUUAACAUAGAUUUUUCUGUUUGAUCUAAUAUCGUAGAAACUCAGCUCUUUCAAGAUUUAGAAGACUUGAAUUGCUCUUGCAUUCUUACCACUCCUGUGAUCUUCUAAAAUUAUGCACUUCAAGUCUUCAUUAACAAAGAAAUGCUGGUGUGUACACUCACACGAUCCUAAAUACCACAUGCACUUGUGCAUAAUCUUUAAACAGUAUUUCUUGAAAAAAACUGUGUUUGACCAUCAUCAAAUAUCCCCAUAUGUGAACUUUACAAACCCUGGAAAUCUGAACAUAGUUUGUGUUUCUCCCUGAAUUCCUUUAUUUUUAUUGGAAAGUGUCUUUUUCUAAGGCCAAGCUUUCAAAUCUGGUCUCCAAAUCUUUAUUUUAAUUCAGAAACCUGAAUGAAAUAGGCAUGGCUUCCAGGUUUGUGGGUGAAAAUACCCUCCCAUAAAAGACAACAGAAACUGAACUUUUUUCACAUAUUCUUGUACACAAAAAAGCAAAGCAAGACACUUCUAAUGUGGUGUGGAGCUGUGUUACUGUAUGUAAGCAAGGGAAACAAGAACAAUUCAACAAUUGUUGAAGUCAAACUGGAAGAGGUCUGCUGUGGGUCACAGUUUAUCUGCUUUCACAGAGGGACAGGUUGCUAAAUGUGUUUUACAGUCAGAUGAUGCCAUAACUGGAGUGGGUGUCAUGGCCAAGGUCACAGAGCUUGUGGCAGAGCUGGGACACAAUUUCCUGGUCAGCAUCCUCCCAGCAUCAGCCUCCUGUGCACAUGUGACAAUGUCCAUGGUGACCAUGGGCUGUAUUUCAGCUCUGACAUCCCAACUCAAUGCAAGCUUCAAAAAUAACAGCAUGCCACUGGACUGAUAUUGGAUAUUUUCACCCAUGGAAAAUAUUUUAACCAAAACACAGCCAAAGUUGAGUUAAGUGGCAGAGCAAAAUAAUUCUCAAAAUGUAAGAUAAAACAUGUCUGUCAUUUCCACUACCUUGAUUUUUUAUUCCAAAACAUUAAGAUUGGUACCAUGUUUAUUAAGUUAGUAAAAGGAAAAAAAAAAAAAAAAAACCAAAUGCAAGUAAUUAUUCAUGUACAGUGACCUAAGAAAUUAACUGGGGAUUAGAGUGCAGGACAAAGCAGGAUUUUUGUGUGCAUGUGCUUCAGUUCCUCUCUCUGGUGCAUUUUGCAUGUACCAUGCAUUUUUGGAGCCUGGUUGUUUGUAUGUUUUGCUUGCCCUGAGCUGAGAUUCCCCUUUCUCCCAGAAGAUCAGUGAGUGAGCAGUGCUGCUCCCCCAGACGUUUCCAACCCGUCUGCCAUGAAGGACGGUGCUGUUCUGUACCUGCCUCUGUGUUCUCUGCUCUUUUACUGAAAAGCUUUUAAACCAACUGGAAAGAAGUUACAAACUCUUCUGGGCAUGUUUGUGACUCGCUCUUCUGACAGCAAAAGAUACCAUUUCACUGUUCACUCCAGUGUAUUGACCUAUAUAAACUCUCAUCUCUCUGAACAAACUAUUAACUUAUUUUUUCAUUCUGUCUUUAAAUAAAAGCUUUGGGUUUUA